AUGGGCCAACUCGGUGACCUUUCGCCUCAGGGCACCAUUGCCGUCGGUAUUGUCGUCGGUCUACUGUCUACUUCGAUCCAAAGCCUGGGACUUACCCUCCAGCGCAAGUCCCAUAUCAUUGAAGAUGCCAAAGAAGACUUGGAGACAAGAAGACCACCGUAUAAGAGGCGCAAAUGGCAGCUGGGAAUGUUCAUGUUCCUCAUCUCGAACAUUGUCGGCAGCACCAUCCAAAUCACAACAUUACCUCUCCCAGUCCUCUCAACCCUGCAGGCUUCCGGGCUGGUUUUCAAUACAGCAUUUGCCACAUUACUACUAGGAGAGCCUUUCACUCGCUUUUCUCUACUGGGCACGAUCCUGACGUGUUCUGGGGCAGCACUAAUAGCGACCUUCGGGGCCAUCGGCGAGCCGGCCCACAACCUACAACAACUACUAAACCUCCUCCGACAGAAGAGCUUCAUAAUCUGGAUGGUCGGGACGAUGAUUGUGGCAGUAGCGACCAUCUUGUUUGCGCAUGUACUAAGAAUGUGGUCGUCCAAUCGACACAUUGCGCAAAGCCUCCCGAAAUCGGAGAGACCAAGAUCGGUAUCUUCAAGCUCAAGACCGCAGUUGAGUCUCACCACCAGUUUUACUGCUCAACUCCCUUCCCAUCUCAAGAUUAGAGUUAAUCGCUUACGUCUGAUACGGGGCUUGUCAUACGCGCUUAUAUCUGGCAUUCUUUCGGCGCAUUCACUCCUCGUUGCGAAAUCUGCAGUCGAACUAUUAGUUCGAACGAUCGUUGACCACAACAAUCAAUUUAACCGGUUCCAAUCCUGGCUUAUUCUCAUUGCUCUACUGUUCUUCGCCUUAACACAACUAUAUUACCUACACCUCGGCUUGAGGUUGUGCAGUACCAGCGUUUUAUACCCCUUCGUCUUUUGUGUCUACAACAUUAUUGCCAUUCUAGAUGGUUUGAUCUAUUUCCAGCAAGCAUCAAGACUGAGUGUGCUGCAUGGGUGUCUGGUGGCAUUGGGGACCGUCAUAUUGCUCCUUGGAGUUCUGGCUCUCUCCUGGAGGUUAGAUGAUAUAACGCCAUCAGAAGCUGCUCCCCAAGCAGUUCCUCCUCGGACACCACUUACUCCUGGGCUGGGACUGGUUCAGUCUGCAUCCGACGACCAACCUUCGUACUUGGCGAAUGGAAGGAAAGGAAGUUCCACUUCACUCAAGAGAACUUCAGUGGAUGAGCAAACCCCUUUGCUCGGUGGCCGUCCUAGUGCAGCGACAGGAUCGACCAGGCGCAUUUCUGCUACAGACACAGAAGGUAUCUGGGCACAACUCGACGAUGAGGAACGUCAAGACGAUUAUCUGGCAUCUCUUCCUCGUGCUCCAGGGCCCUUCUUCUCGCUCAAGAACCCAAAAACUCGACGAAGAGGUGGAUCGGGGUCAUCACAAGCCAUUUCAACUGGGAGCAGACCAAGUUCAUCAGGGUCCAAAGUCGAAGGACAAACAGACGAUGCCAAUACCUCCGAUAUCUUGCCUAAAGGUGUGGAUGGCUCGAAAAGAAGUAGCAGCAGUGCACCCCAGACUGGGACAGGGGCACUCUACCAUCAAGGCGGCAGGCAAUCGAGUACAUCUGUUCGCUUCGCUGAUGAUGAAGACCGCAAGACUGGGCCAAAGCGAGCUAGUCGAAGUCGAUUUGAUCAGGGUGGUGGAAACGCAGAUAGUUCCUAA